AUGGCGGCUCCCACCACAUCGGCGCACUUCGUCAACGUCUAUCAGUCGGUCGACAAAACUAAGCGCCCCGUCACCACAUCGCUGGCAGUCGCGAGCUCGGCACCAUCACCAUCUGGCGAUAUCGAAGAAAUCAAGGCCACGCUGCCCGAAUACUACACUGCACCGCCAUGGCGGCUUCUCUGGGACGACUUGGUUCUCUUCAUCAGAUGCAUCGGAUUCAUUCCCUUCGUCAUCUCUCCCCUAUGGUAUCCUCGGCGAGAUGGGGUCCGAUAUCCGAAGCUCGAUAAGUCGUGGGUGCCCAAAUGGCUCCUCAAAGGCCCCAUUGACACUGCCAUCUCAGCCAUACAGACUAGGUACCAAGGUCUCGUCGACCCCUACUAUCCUUCCGGCGAGAUGGACGAGCUGUACCCUUCGGUCGGAAACCUCUGGUGCCUCUUUAUACAUGGAAUUCUCAUCGUGACGCAACUCACUUUCCUCAUUUCGCUGCCAUUCCUCGCCACCCUCCCAUUCCAGCUAUUCGUCCUUUACAUCGGCGGAUUCAUCUUCGUCAACUAUCUCUUCUGCUUACAGCUCAACGCCGGAACCGAGAACAACUUGCUCAAAUCUCAGCAUGCUCUGUGGCCGGAGUCGGCUAAUUGGAAAUCACUGGACCCCAACGAGAACUACAGCGAAGAAUGGAUCUUUCUUAACGGUGUGUCUGUUGGCUCGCACUGGCUGCAGGGGAACAUCAACAGACUCUCACGGACUUUUCAACGUCCCAUUACGGGUGUCCACAACAGAACGUCUGGAAUCAUCUUUGAUCUCAUCCAGUGUCUUCUAGAGCGAUGCUUCUACUUUGGUACCUCGGACACCAGAACUUGCUAUGCGCUCAUCACAGCUGCCCUGGACCCUGCGCAGAAGAAAGACAAAACUGUUCUCAUCCUUCACUCCCAAGGUGGCCUUGAGGGUAGCAUCAUUCUCGAUUGGCUCCUCUCCAACUACCGCCGAGAGACCUUGCAUAAGCUGGAGAUCUACACUUUCGGUAACGCUGCCAACCACUUCAACGACCCCGAAACCUCGCUCAACGAACACGUCAUCGGGCACAUCGAGCAUUACGGCAACACUGGCGACUUUGUGUCUCAAUGGGGAGUUAUCCAUUUCAAGUCCCUGGUUGCCGAGCAAAGCAACCCUCUGCCAAUGGAUGGAAGGCAUCCUUUGCUGCCCAUCGUUGAUGAUAUUUUACGCCUGGAUAAGAGACAGAACACUUUUGCUGGACUACUUUUCGAGAACAACGUGUUGGGUCACCUGCUGAACCAGCAUUACCUCGACAGGCUUUUUCCCUUGAAUGAGACUCUGACUGGCGUCGUGGAGAGCAAAGGCAGGCCUGUGAUGGAGUCUUUUAUGGACAAGCGCAUGAAAGCUGGAAACGGCCGUUGCGAUGCUGAAGGGGACAAGGUAUGUCGAAAUAGCAGGCUAUGGGAGUACAUCAACGGCAAAAAGCCCAAGGAGUAUGAUUUGCAGCAGUCAUAA